UAUACAUAUCUAGAUCCAGUUGGGUCUUUAUUUUAUAAUUAAAAUUAGAAAUCUAGAACUACAUUCACUGGCUCAAAAGUGACCAGCCCACUAAAAACAAAGAUCGUAGAAAUUGAAAAGGGCAAGUCUACUAGGCAAACAACCCUCUUUUUCUGCAAAUUUGGGAAGUCUCCAUCAAAUUUUAUCUGAGACCAGGCCAAAGAAAUGGUGCAAAAUGGUAGAACAGGGGUCUUUAAGAGUGUGUUCAAUGUGAGGUUCCUCAACAAUGCGAAUUAUAUUCGCCAUGUAAAUGGCAAUAAUGUUGCUGAUGUUUACUGUGUCCAAUGUGGAAUGCUACUUGGGUUAAAACUUAUUGCUGUGCCCCGACCAUCCCAGGAAAUUAUGGAAGGAAGGUUCUUGAUGAAUUUGGAGAAACUUGCUUAUUGGGGUGGUUAUCGCAUGAUUUAUCAAGAACAAGAUGGAACUGCUGCUGAUAUCGAUCAAGUUCUUUAUGAACUUUUUGCUAAUGAACAGAAUGGACACGCCAAUGUUGAGCAUGCUCCCAUGGAUCAAGACGGAGGUACUGCUGAACAACUUGCUAAUGCUACGCGCAAUCUACACAUAUGAAAACCAACUUCUUUAAGGGAAAUUGG